AUGAUCGCAGGCAGAGACAUCUACGACGUGCUGGCGGCGAUGGUGCCGCUCUACGUGGCGAUGAUCGCCGCCUAUGGCUCGGUGCGGUGGUGGAAGGUCUUCACCCCGGAGCAGUGCGCUGGCAUCAACCGCUUCGUGGCCCUCUUCGCUGUGCCCCUCCUCUCCUUCCACUUCAUAUCCUCCAACAACCCCUACUCCAUGAACUACCGCUUCAUCGCCGCUGACUCCCUCCAGAAGGCGGUCGUCCUCGCCGCCCUCGUCCUCUGGUGCAACCUCACCCGCCGCGGUAGCCUGGACUGGUCCAUUACCUUCUUCUCCCUUUCCACCCUCCCCAACACCCUCGUCAUGGGGAUCCCCCUCCUGCGGGCCAUGUACGGCGACUCCGCCGCCGACCUCAUGGUGCAGAUUGUCGUGCUUCAGAGCGUGGUGUGGUACAGCCUCAUGCUUUUCCUCUUCGAGUACCGCGCCGCCAAAGCUCUUAUCCCCGACCAGUUCCCCGACGCCGCCGGUUCCAUCGCCUCCCUCACCGUUGACCCCGACGUUCUCUCGCUCUGCGGCAAGGAGCAGCUGCAGGCCGACACCGAGGUUGGGGAAGACGGCCGGCUUCACGUCGUCGUCAGGAAGUCGAGCUCCAACGUCAGGUCAACGGUGCCGUCUUGCAAUAAGUCAUGCAGUGGGGUCAACUCUGCCCCCUCCAUGGCGGCGAGGGCGUCGAGUAUGACAGGAGUGGAGAUAUUCUCGGUACAGUCGUCGACGUUGAUGACGCCGAGGACGUCCAGCUUCAACCAGGCGGAAGUUUACACCGACUUCGACGAGGAGAUGGGAACAAGGUCCCCAAGGAGCCGAAGUGCUGACUUCGUCAUCGGAAAGCCGUUGACUUCAAACUUCUCCCAUGUCUACCCUGCUCCGAACCCGACGUUGCGGUCAGAGACAGGAUGGAGUGGGAAGGAAGGCCUCUGGAAGAAUGGGAGUGGUUCGAACAAGGAACUCCACGUGUACACCUGGAGCUGCAGUGAGUCUCCGGGGUCCGAGGGAAACCUAGCAGCCUCAGUUGACCUCGGAGAUCUGAGUGACUUCCCACGAGAUAUUGUAGUAUCGAGAGGUAGAACGCUCCUCGCUCUCUCUCUCCCUCUACCUCCUUUCUUGACUCAUAUUCUUCCUUUCUAAAAGCUCUAUUUGGGGUCAAUAUCUAAAUAAAACAGCAGUCGAUGCCACCUCUGAGAGCACCAGAUCUAUGAGGAAGGCGGGGAUUGAUGGUGAACCGGACGCAGAUGAGCGUAGUAAGAGCCCGAAUCGAAAGCUCCAGAAGAAGGGAGAGAUGGUUCGGGGAAGCCUAGUGUCUGGAGAAGACCGUCCGACGCUGCCCACAUACCUCAUGACCAGACUGAUUCUCGUCAUGAUCUGGAGAAAGCUUAUCCGAAAUCCGAACACCUACUCCAGCUUGUUUGGCCUCGUGUGGUCUCUCGUCUCCUUCAGGUACGUAAAUUUGGUAGAGUGAUUCUCUCUCUCUCUCUCUCUCGAUCUCGAUAUAUGUAUAUAUCAAUCUAACCUUCCCAACAAGGCCAGAGCCCAUUUCCCCAACGUCUGUCUUCGUCCUAACUCAAGCUGAAUCAAUUCAGGUGGCACCUCGAGAUGCCUGCAAUUGUGAGAGGCUCAGUGUCUAUACUCUCCGACGCCGGGCUAGGAAUGGCUAUGUUCAGCCUAGGUGUUCAUUGCUUCAUCUUCCCGAUGCCCACAUUGUAGGAUUCACAACUUAUUCCACGUCUACAAUCGUCUAAACCCUGUUUGGUCACGCAAUCAGGUCUCUUCAUGGCUCUGCAACCCAAGAUCAUUGCCUGCGGGAAAUCCAUAGCGGCGUUUUCCACGGCCGUGAGGUUCCUAACGGGCCCGGCCGUAGCCGCGGCGACCUCCACAGCCAUCGGCCUCCGCGGUGUGCUACUGCGCAUUGCCAUCGUUCAGGUGGAUUCCAAAACCCUAAUGCGCGCCUUCGAGUACGAUUUCCAUGCCGGUUUCGUAACUCACUCUCAUAGCAUCUGCCCGCAGGCAGCUUUGCCUCUGGGGAUCGUCCCCUUCGUCUUCGCCAAGGAGUACAGCUGCCAUGCGGAGGUCCUAAGUACAGCGUAAGCGGGAUCGGCCUCAUCUUUGUACAUAUUUUUCUCUCACUAGAAUAAUCGACUAUCGAAUGCGUUAAGUCAGACGUUUGACCAACAUUAAAGUGCUUACCUCAGUCAUUUUAUAUUAAUUUUGACUUAGACGCCCACCAUGUGGAGGGAAAAUGUGUCAAGAUACUCUCAUAUUAAACACAACACGUAAUGAAUGCAGUCAAAACAUAGAUCAUGAUCAUAACAUGUCGUAAGUCUGACUCCCGCAUGAUUAGUCCAACAUGCCGUCAAAGCAUACGACGCACCCUUAAGAGAGACAGCCAAUUACAAGUUAGAGGGCCGCGCGAUCCGUCGUGGAAUCGGAGCGGGGCGUUCAUUUUACUAGGAAGCAAGUCAAGAACACGCGAUGAUUGUCAAGUCUUAUCGAACAGUAAACUACUCUUCCGUGGAGUCUCUGUCUGAUAAAAUCGUCUGUGCAGGGUUAUCUUUGGCAUGCUCAUUGCCCUACCGACGACGAUCCUCUACUACAUACUUCUCGGAGUCUAA